ACCUGCAGAUCCUAGCAAUCCUACAUCCCUUCCAUUCUGCAUUCCCACCUGCAGAGAAACAAAACCACCCAUUAUUAUCACUAAUUUAACAAAGAAAACACCAAUCGCCUUAAACAAACCACUUCCACAGCACACAGAUACAGUCAUACAGAUACAGAUACAGGUCAAGGUUCCAAUCGUAUUUCUCACGCUCUUCCCAUCAUCGUUUUCACUUCAACGACUCCGUGCACUCAACCCUAUCAACCAUGGCGUCAGCCACAGUUGUUUCCCAAAUCCAAUCCCUAUAUAUCAUCAAGCCGCGCCUCUCACCACCACCACCACCACAUCGUCAGUUCCGCUCAAUUUACUUCCCGACGACGAGGUUGUUACAACAGCAUCGCUUCCGCCAAAUGAAGUCGGUGGUUAUUGUGUCGGCGACGGCGGCGGAGACGGCCAGGAAGCGGUAUCCGGGAGAGUCGAAGGGUUUCGUGGAGGAGAUGAGGUUUGUGGCGAUGAAGCUGCACACCAAGGACCAGGCCAAGGAGGGUGAGAAAGAGGUCACGGAGCCUGAGGAGAAAGCGGUUACCAAGUGGGAACCAACUGUCGAUGGCUACUUGAAGUUCCUCGUUGACAGCAAGGUCGUUUAUGAUACUCUCGAGAAGAUCGUUCAAGAUGCUACUCAUCCUUCCUAUGCUGAAUUCAGGAAUACUGGAUUGGAAAGGUCUGCAAGUUUGGCAAAAGAUUUAGAAUGGUUCAAGGAGCAAGGCUACACCAUUCCUCAACCUUCCUCUCCUGGUCUUAACUAUGCACAAUAUCUCAGAGAUUUAUCUCAGAAUGAUCCCCAAGCCUUCAUUUGCCACUUCUACAACAUCUACUUUGCCCAUUCAGCUGGUGGUCGAAUGAUCGGGAAAAAGAUUGCUGGAGAGUUACUCAACAACAAGGGUUUGGAAUUCUAUAAAUGGGAUGGUGACCUUUCCCAGUUGUUGCAGAAUGUGAGGGACAAGUUGAACAAGGUUGCUGAACAAUGGACUCGGGAAGAGAAGAACCACUGUCUGGAAGAAACAGAAAAGUCAUUUAAGUGGUCUGGAGAGAUUCUGCGUCUAAUUCUAUCAUGAUACUAUGUACCAAUCUCUAUAAUUAUGUCCACUAAUAUGCAUUGUGGAAGCCAAUAAAAUUCUCUCAUGUGUAUAUUAUAUAAUUUUCAAUUACGAAUGAAUAACAGAAUUUAUAUUGUGUAUUAUUUAGAUUCA